GAAACUCGUUAAUAUUGGAAAAGGACGUCUAAGACGGAAUUGGAAUUUGCAUUAACAAACAAACGGGCUUUUUUUAUUCUUAUUUUUGUUUUGCUGAAUCUCGUCACUGUAUUUAUAAUAUUUUGUGAUUUUAUUAUUUGAAUAAACUUUUGGUUUCUUUUCUUUUCGGCUCUUUUGUUUCGUUCCUUCUUUUCUUUUCUUUUUUUGUUUUUAUUUAUUUAUUUAUUUAUCUAUCUAUCUUUUUCUAUCUAUUUGUCUGUCUAUCCAACUAUCCAAGCUUUGUUGCUUACUUCUUUUGGUUGCUAAAGAGCUUGCAUUCAUUUUCAUGGUCAGACCUGCUAUUAUUUUAAGCGUUGGAUAUGCCAAUCAUAUUCCGUUGUACGUAGAUGCAAUCGUCAAAGCAGGCGGUACUCCGAUUAUCGUUUAUCCCGGUUUGCCCAAAAGCAAGAUCCCUAGUCAGGUAGACGGAGUCAUAUUAGCCGGUGGAGAUUCUGUUCAUCCUAGUCGAUAUGGCGAAGACUUUAAGCGAAAUGCACCAGUCACGAUGGAUUUGGAUAGAGAUGACUUGGAAUGGGCCAUUGUCGAUUUCGCCGUGAAGCUUCAUCUUCCCAUUUUGGGCAUCUGCCGUGGUUGUCAAUUGCUGAAUGUAUAUUUCGGUGGUUCCUUGCAUCAACAAGUUUCCCAUGAGGGCUACUCGAAUGUUCAUCGUCCUCAGAAAGAAAAGGACCACUUGGCUCAUGCGGUGAUCGCUCGCUCUGGUCAUAUGUUGUCAAUUUUGGGAUCAAAACCAGUCUUCGUGAACAGCAUCCACGAUCAAGGGAUUCAUACCGUUGGCAGGGGUCUCAAACCAACCGUUUUUGCCGAAGACAGUCUUUGCGAGGGUAUUGAAUCCGUUGAUGGUGAUAUUCUUGGCGUACAAUGGCACCCUGAAGCUAUUCUCGAAAAACAGUCUCAUGCUCCUUCUGUAUUUCGGUAUAUUGUCGAACUCGCGAAAAGCAAAAUGAUUCAAAGAUCAACUAUAUCUAAUGUUUUGCCCAGUUGCUCUCCCCUUGUUCCUAAAUCCAGUGCCAUACGUACUGGUCCAUAGCUUCUUCGGGUUGCCUUCUUUUGUAUCCUUGUUUCCACCUAUCACGAUUCCAUCCUUUUCUUGUAAAUACUGAUCCCUUUCAUUUUAUUUAUUGAUUCCUCUGGCAAGGAAAUUCUGGAGUUUUUAUUCUAAUGCCAUUCUGUCGAGAAUGUGUUAUUAUGCGGUCUUUAUUGUUAAAUUAGAAAAUAGAAAGUUUUAUGUUGUUUAUUUUCAUUUUAAUUGUACUUUGCGUUUCUAG